AUGUUAAAUUAUGUGGAGGACUGCUUAACCACAUAUGCGGAAAUAGUUAACGGCAUCCAUGAUGCACCAAAAAUAGGCUAUAAGUAUAUUCAUGGUUGGCAAAAAUCGACACUGGAAUUAUAUCAGGGAUCAGUUUAUAUGGUUGGAUGGGAUGCAGAUGGUCUUCCUCAUGUAUAUAAAGUUAAUUCUUCUGGACCAGUGAAGAAAACCAAAUCCAAACAUUGCUAUGGAUUUGCGAAUGGAACCGGUGGCAAAAAAGUUCGUGAAUACUUCGAGAGUUUCAAUGUGGAAGUCCAAAGUUCAAAUGAAUUGUUAGAAACUGUGACAAGGGCUUUAUUAUAUGCAGCUCUUUUUGAUGACAGGAGCGGUGGAUAUCUGUGUGUGUUUAAGGUAAAACAAAGAGGCUUUGAUGAUUUAUAUCACAAAUCAGUUUUGGAAGCGCUUUUUGAUCAUUACGAUGCCUUAGCUGGUCAUCUUUCCAAAUCAUUUUUCUUUCUCUUCCCCAAGUGUGAUUACAAGCCUACACAUGACAUUAAUGUGAAAGUGCACAAAGGAUUCAAAAGAAAGUUUCAAAAAGAAUAUAAGGAUAAUGUUGUCAUAAAGCAAGGAAGAAGAUUUGUUAUACGACUCGUACAUUUUUAUAGCAUUCCUGAUGAACUAUAUGAGCAGAUCAGAAAACAAAAUCUUCAACAUAAUGUGCCUCGUGAAGUCCAAGCUCUACCGUGGGUUCUAAUUGAGCAAUUUGGUCCAGUUCCUAUUUUGUUUUGUAAGCCAACACAGGAGGUGAUGAGAGAUUUACAAGAUGUGUAG